AUGGAGCGAGCGGCAGCCGCAGGCCCCAGGCCAGGGGCCCCAUCUCAGGCCAUUAAGAACGUUCUACCACUGACUGAGGAUUCGCUGCCAGGAGUCCCUAGGGACGCCCCAGCCUGGGUCACCGGUCUUAAGACAGAGCUUCCCUCAGAUCUAGAGCUGAGUGAGGAGCAACGGCUGCAAAUCUCCAAGGAGCUGGUCGACCUGCAGAUCACAACCCAUCGUCUGCGGGAGCAGCAUGAGACUGAAAUCUUUGAGCUGAAGAGUGAGGUCCUGCGGCUGGAGAACCGGGUGCUGGAGCUGGAGCUGGAGCUGCAUGGAGAUCACGCAGCCCCAGCAAAGACUGAUCCAGGGCACCUCCAGGCAUUUGCACAGGAGCUUGAGCAAAAGGCCAGGGAUCAGGAACACUGCAACCAUCGCAUUCUUCAGCUACAGGGAGAAAUGAAGUGGACGCUGGAGCAGCACGGGGCCCGCCAGCAAGCACUGGAGAUGCGCGUGGCAGCCCUGGGCCAGCAGCUGCAGGGAGCCCACGAGGAGGCCAGGACAGCCGGGCAGCGACUGGCUGCACAAGCUGUGGUGUUGUCCACCUGCCAGGGCCAGCUCCGCGAGGCUGAGGCUGAGAAUGCCAGGUUGCAAUUGCAACUCAAGAAGAUGAAUGAGGAGUACACCAUCCGGCUGCAGCGCUACUCCCGAGCCCUGGUGGUGAGCACUGGGCAGGGUGGCACUGUUGUGGGUGAGAGGCCCCCGGGUCCUGGGGAGCCCAAGCCUGGCCUGGGUUUGCUGAACUGUUUCAGGGACCCUCUGGGCCUCACCUACUGCACUGCAGAACCUGCUCCACACAGGAGCAGUGGGGAAGGGUGUGGGUCCUACCAAGCUCAGGCCCCACCCCAUCUCCCCCAGGAAUACGCAGAUGGCACAAGCCAGGCACCUACAGGUGUAGCCCUCCGGACAUUCCUGGAGACCACUCUGGAGGACAUCCGAGCAGCACACCACAGCCGUGAGCAACAGCUGGCCCGAGCUGCUCGAGUCUACCGUAAGCGCCUGGCAGACCUGAGCCAAAGACAUGAGGAACUGUUAGGUGCCCACAGGUGGUUUAGUGUACAGCAGGUGCUGGCGGACCCCAAAGGAGCACCUGGGAAACCCAAGGCCACCUCUGAUGAAGUCACCUCAAACCUGGAGCCACUGCCUCUGCGCCUGGUCACACAGCUCCAGAAGCUCCAAGUCCAGAAGAGACCUGACGAAGCCUCCCAGGGGAGCACAUCAGAGCCACAGAGCCUGGAAGCUGAAUCCUGGGCCCAGAUCCACCAGAAACUCCGGGACUUCUAUCAUAGCACCCAGGCAAAGCUGGAACGUGAGCGGGCAGAGCUGCUAGUCAGAGCCACGAUGGCUGAGGCCCAACUUUCUGAGCUUCAGGAGUAUGUGGACCAGCACUUAGGCAGGUACAAGCAGGAGAUCCUGAGGCUGAGGAAGCUGGUGGGUCCAGGAGACACACAGAAAGUGAAGGCCGUACCUCCAACCAAGCCUCAGCGCCCAACCCGCAGCCGAUAACCAGUAUCAGAUAAACUCAGAGCACACCUCU